AUGGAACCCACUCUCGACAAGUGUCCUGGUUACAACCUAUAUAUUGGCGGAUUCAUUGGACUACGACGUCCGCAAGCUUUGAAAAAUGCCAACAUUACACAUAUAGUUUCCGUACUUGAUUGGGAAUUCAAAGACGAUGCUCCACUGAUCCGCGGUUACAAGCAUUUCCAUAUACCUGUGGAUGAUGUUGAGGACGAGAACCUGCUCGAGUGGUUUCCGCGAAGCAAUGCUUUCAUACAGCAGGGUCUUGACUACAGGCCUGAUCGUGGUCCCAAUUCGAGCAGUGGCGUCAACAAUCUUGAUGAGAAGGGAAGUGGAGUUUAUAUUCACUGCGCCAUGGGCAAAUCACGAUCAGCAACUAUUCUACUAGCAUACCUACUGUGGUUAUCUCGGCAAACCCCGCUAGCUCAAGGUUCCGAAAUAUCAGAUAUGGUAGCUUUACCACGCAAACCCUUGUCCGUGGUUGAAGCACUGCAAUUACUCCGACAAGGAAGGCCAAUCGCCGAGCCUAACGAGGGUUUCAUGGACCAACUCCACAUGUAUGAGGACAUGGGUUGUCCUACAACGGAGAAGGAACUAACAAAUCACAAAAUCUAUCGUCGAUGGAUGAACAGACGGAAAGUCGAAGAGAGCCUCAGAACGAUGCAGGCGCCAGAAAUGGAAAACAUAAUUUUCGAGGAUGAGCCGUUUGAGAAAGAAGCAAACACCUCGAGUAAAGAGAGGAUGACAGAAAUUGCACCUGGCAUACUGGCUCCAGACGGCACUACCGAAGAUAAAGCUCGACAACAUCCACAUUUGCAAGCCAUGUCGCAAGUCAGCAUCAAAUGUCGAAAGUGCCGGCACGUGCUGGCCACCACACCUUUCGUCGUGGAGCACGAACCUCCUCCACACCGAGAUCCAAAUUCGCAUGAACAGCCACAUAAAGACGGCACACCUCUGCCGCCACCACAAUGCGCCCACAUCUUUCUGCAUCCUUUGUCCUGGAUGAAGGAAGUACUUGCGGAAGGAAAGAUGGAAGGCAGAUUGACCUGUCCGAACAAAAAGUGCGGUGCUAAUGUGGGCAAGUUCGCUUGGACAGGCCUACGCUGUUCCUGUGGUGGUUGGGUAACUCCAGGUUUUGGUAUUAUCAGGACUAAGGUUGAUGAAAUCGUGAAUCAACGUCGUCCAAGUCCGUCAUCGUUUGCUAACAAGCCGAGCACGCAGUCUGCGGGUCAAGAUACAUCGUGUUCGACUGGGUCGACAUCUGCUCUCCGUCAUCCUCCAGGUUUGAAGUCCAAGGGCAAUUUGUAG